AUGAAACUAUCUAAAACUGAUGUUCCAGCUCUUGUUACAGCUCAGACAGGGUCUACUGCAAUAUUGCAUUGCGAUACAUCCAGACUGAACGAUUCCAUGGAAAAUGUAACGAUCAAAUGGUUCAAGAGGAACAAGAUUAGUAGGGACAUUUUAACACUGAUGGAAGAAACAGUAAAUGAUGACAAGAGGUUCUUGGCAAUAAACGAAUAUAAUAUGAAGGACUGGAGCCUACACAUAAGAUACACCCAACCCAAAGACGAGGGCCUGUAUCAGUGCCAAAUCUGUACGAAUUUCACAUCUGAUAGUUGCAACAAUGUGAACAUUACCCUGAAGUUGGAGGAAGCAUAUGCCAAAAUCAUCGAUGGCCCCAUCAAGAUCAUCCCAGCAGACAAAGAGCUGCCGCUCCGCCUCAGCUGCGUGCUCAUCAACUCAAUCGAGGCUCCGGAGUACAUCUUCUGGUAUCAUGACGAUAGGAUGAUAAACUACGACCUGGAAGAUGGCGCCACUGUCAGGGAGGGCAGACAAGGCAGCGAGUUGAUCUUCCCCAAAGCCAAUGAGACGCACACUGGGAACUACUCUUGUGUACCGUCCAAUGCCCAAUUGGAUAGUGUGAUGGUUUAUUACGGAGAGAAGGGAGCUUUGACGCAAGAUAAAAACGGCGGCGAGGGACGUGAAAAAUUCGAUCCGCAUCAUAUCUUCAAUAUGCUGGUCCUCGUAUCGGCCUUUCACCUCCGCAGAUGA